UUUCCUUUACGCCCCAGGUUAAUAUUGGUACUUAUUGGGAGUCUUUCUUGUGAAGAGUAAUGAAGGGGGGAUAAUUCAAUAUGGCCGACAUUUUAACGAAUUUUCACGAAAUUAUUGCAAACAUGAAAUUAUUGCGAGAGGGCCUCGCUCGCAAUUUUCGCAAUAAUUUCAUGCUCGCAAUAAUUUCAUGUUUUACAGUAUUCAAUACAUAGGCCUAUCCAUCACAGUUUGCAUGGAAAUGAGUAAUUAUGUAUGUUACAAAUUGUGAAGAGUGGAGCACUGAAAUCCCAAACAGUUUUUCUGUGUUUUCGAGAAUAAUGGCCAGAACAUGAAUGAAGCAAUGGCUGGUGCACAGUCUCUUCCUAAAUCAUAUACAACAGUUGUGCCAACUCCAGGAUUUUGUUUGAAAACUAAAAACAAAAAGGGUGAAAAAUUCUUCAUCAAUAUCUGUAAAUCAGAAAAUGUUCCUAAACCUGAUGACUUGUCUGAUGAUGAGCUGAUUAAACUUCUAGAAUCAGAUGAUCCAACUGGUUUUAGAAUACCGAUGAGUAUUGGAACGCCUCAUGCUGAACUAGAUAAAGGAGGCAGUGGUUGUACAGCAUAUGAUGUAAUAGUAAAUCCUGAGUUUUAUGAUAAAAUGGAAACCAGUGAGUUAUUUAGAACAUUUUUUAUGACUGUCAUGUUAGAAGGUGUAGAGAGUAAAUAUGAUCAAGAAUUAUCUAGAAAUUGGGUUAUUUUGAAAAAUAAGAAGUUUGCUGGAGAUCUAGCAGAACAGUAUGUGAGAAAUAAAUCUAAUUCACUGAUUACAGAGAUGGAUGACAGUCAGCAUAAAAAGAAAAUAAUAGAAGAAAUACAACAUAAUACUAUAGAAAGAAAAAGAGCUCCUGAACCCAAAUUUACUAUUUUACAAGAACCAACAACCGGUCAUCCAGACUUCCUAGUAGCAGAAAUACAUUUACCACAAGUUAAAACAAGCCAGACAUUAAGUUUAGAUGUAGGAGAAGAUAGAAUAGUUUUAGAAACCAGAUCUAAUGUCUAUGAUUUAGAUAUUUAUUUACCCUUUAAUAUUGAACAAGAUGAAUGUGGAGCACAGUUUGAUAGAAAAACAAAAAUUCUAACAAUAACCAUGCCUGUACAGCCAUUAAACUAGGGAAAUCUUCAAUUUAUUUAUUUAUCAUAUUUACAAUUAAACUUAUUUCUUUUAUAAA